UUGUCUUUUGGACAUAUAUGCACAGGCGUGUAUCACAAUCCAACCAAAUUUCAGGGAUAUGAAGUUUAUUACACUGCUUUUGUUGGUCACCGGCAACCCGAAACGUGGGAGAUCCUUCGCGUCGAUGAUAAGAAGGCGUUGCUGCACCUGGAGCUCCAGACAUCGUAUUACUUUAAAAUCCGAGCGUUUAACGAACUGGGCAGCGGUCCAUUCUCGCAGACGUUUCGAUUGCUAACUGAAAUGGAAGAGUUUCCGCCGGAGGUACGGAUACUCAACGGUGAUCGACUGGAAGUUGUGCCCGGGGACAGCGUUGAACUCACAUGCACAGCAUCUGGCAAACCGAAGCCGUCACUGGCUUGGUACCAAGGUGAAGAUUCUCUGGACUUGUUACUCGAGUCUGCUGGUCGAAGCUCCUCGCUGACCAUUUCCGUCAAGAGCAUCGUAGAAACUACCAUCUUCAGCUGCGUCGCGAGAAACAGCCAAGGACGAGAUACCGCCCAAGUUCGAGUCGUCGUUAUUGGUCCCGGCAGUCCGCCGGACCAGAUUCAAUACCGGCUAGUCGAUGGCAUCAACUUGGACAUUUCUUGGGGAGAGCCGUCCAUCAAAAAUGGAGAUAUAUUGGGUUACAGUAUUCAUUAUACCGACGAUCCCAAGGCAGACAUUGAAAAAUGGAACGUGAAACUUCUGGACACGGAGCACACCGUUCUGCUGCAGAACCUUCAGCCAGAAACGACGUAUACUGUCAUGCUUCGAGCAUUCAAUCAGGACGGCUUUGGGCCGUUCUCGUCACGGUUUGACAUAAGAACCACUACUCAAACCAUGGAGCCACACGUCUUUAUGUACAAUCAAUCAUACGUAGAAAUACCGCCCGGCAAAUCUGUCACCCUCACGUGCGUAGCUUCUGGCUUUCCGAUUCCAAAACUGACUUGGACUAGAAAUGCUGAAGAAUUAAGCACGUUGUCGGAAGCGGGUCGAAACGGUUCGAUGGAAAUUACACAAACGCUGGUGCUGGAAGAGGUUUACGAAUCAGCUAAUUUCGAAUGCAACGCGGUGAAUGCCGUCGGCAGCGACAAAGCCUUCGCAGAAGUGCAUGUGACAGGACCUGGCAGUGCACCUCAAGACAUCCAAAUGAAUGUGCAUGACACUGUGGCUGAACUCAAAUGGGAGGAACCGUUGAUUCCCAACGGAGAAAUUCUGGACUAUUCAAUCUUUGUGACGACAAAUCAAAGCUUGCCUCUGUCUGAGUGGGAUCAGUAUCGAGUGAUUGGAAAGCAGUACGUCCUGAAGAACUUGACGCCCUCGAAGACCUACUACGUACGAAUAAACGGAAAUUCAGACGACGGUGCCGGAGUUUUGUCAGAAGUAUUGACGUUUCAUGCUGAACGCUCAGGCGUGGCGGCUGAAACAAGUUUGCAGCCAAGUGAUCCCGUUUUCGAAGUUGCUCCUGGCAGCAAAGUGACGAUCUCAUGCACGGCUACGGGAUACCCGCCUCCCGUAGUGACAUGGUAUCGAAAUUAUGAAUAUUUUGGAUACGGAGAUUUCCAUAAACAUCCGGAUAAUGAAGAAUUGGUCAUUUCUAAUUUUACCAUAAACAGUGCUACCGAAAGUUGCACCUUGCAAUGCCGUGCCGAAAACCCGUUUGGUGCUCACAUCAGCAACGUCACGAUCAGAGUUCUUGGUCCUGGUAGCCCACCGUUAAACGUGCGCUGUAUUGUCUACAGCACAACUAUUGAUCUCAGCUGGUCAGAACCUGCGAUAACAAAUGGCCUGAUCAAACAUUACAACGUUCGAUACACCAAAAAAGACAUGAUGGAAAGGGAUUCCUGGCAAACGAUCAUGGUCCCAGGCAACACAUUCAAUCAUAUCAUAAACAGCUUGGAUCCAGAAACCGAAUAUUUGAUUCAAGUGAACGCUGUUGGUGAAUUCGGCCCCGGACCAAUGUCAAAGCCAUUGUUCGUGGAAACAGGCAAAGAAGAGAAGAAGCCAGAAGUUACUCUGCACCCCAACUCAUCGCAUUACCGCCUCCCUUGGGGAGAAGAAAUCAAGGUCAACUGUUGCUCGUCUACUUUUCCGGAGCCAGUGAUUACUUGGUAUCGCUCAACGGUGCAAAUCGCUGAUGGACCGGGUUGUGCUGCGCUGGAGGUGAAAGUUACGGAGUCGGCGUUUUAUGAAUGCAGAGCGGUCAACCGGAUCGGCGUACAGACGAAGGGAAUUGAGGUUAAAGUUGAAGGGGUUGGGCUGUUCGUGACGAAACGGUGUUGUGGGUUGCCGGACCUGUUGCACUGUAUUUGCGCACGUAUCACGGCAGAACGGUUCGCUUUAGCUGUAGCUCCUUCUCCAUUCCACACCGUAGACACCUCGAUCGCGAACAGUAUUUAA